AUGGGUUCCUUCUCGCGGCAUUUGCACGAUGCUUUCUACAUGUACGCAUCCGCUGUCAGCAGAGCAGAUGAUCUGGAGCAAGAUGGUCGAAAAAACGCAAUGGCGAUGAAAAGAGCAAUGCAGGGCUCAUUCCAAGGGCUGACCGGACAAGUUGCACUCGAUUCUACUGGCACUAGAGUACCUCACUAUGUGGUCUACGGUGUCGACAAAGAUGGUGAGCAGUGGUCAUUCAUGAAGAUGACGUCUACUGACGAUGUCAACAUAAACGUCAGUCUUUUGUACACAGAUGAAGCUUCAGUUUGGGCGACGAGAGGAGGAAGGAGACCUCUCACCAGGCCUUUGUGUGGUUACACUGGGACUGAAUGCCCUCUGUCUUUCUGGGAUCAGUACCUUGUUUACAUUGUUGUUGGAGGAUCUCUAUUAUUUGUCGUGAUCAUAUCCUUGAUUUGCUUGGUAAUCUGCAUUGUGAGAGCGAAGAGGGUUGAGAUGGCAAGGCUGAACGCUGAAUGGCAAAUACCAUCUGUUACGCUUAUUUCCACAAAGAAGAUUGAUCGGCGAAGUCGACGAUCGCUCCAGUCCGGUCCAUCCACAACAACAGGGGAUAGCACGUUUGGUAGCGAUAAAAGCAAGUUUGAGGUGUUUGCCAUGGACAAGGAACUAGUGCUCGUUACCAAGCACCCUCCCUUGCAACUUACGUCUGCUGAGAAAACUCUGUUUGUUAAGGGACUUUACUUCCUACAUCGCUCAUUUGUUGGUGCGAUUGGCACUCUUGAGUUCAUCAACAUGCCUUGUCAACGAUGGCUGGCAAGUGAAAAUCACUGA